GAAAAAAUCUUAACAAAUUCUGCUUAAACUAGGUAGAAGUAAUCCCGAGAAGUUCAAUUUUAGCACACUGAUUGCAAAGUUCCCCGAAACCUAGUUGUGGUUUGUGGGUACCGUUCAUUCAACUCACAAGCAGUUCGUGGACGUUUUGUUUUAACGGCCGCCUCUUCAGUGUGCUUCCUCAUGAUGCGUAUUUCACAAACUUGCUGGGUUCCACCGAGCUCGGACGCACACGUGCGGGUUAUUCAGCUGGCGACCACUCGAUCAGACUGAACCCCGUUAGUCCAUCUCUUGGUCGAUUGUACGGCAGCAUCUUGGUUCUCGUGAAACAGUCUCGAGUGAAAGUUUGACCGAUCGUCGCAGAAUGUGGAACGCGUUUGGUCUAGCGGCACUGGUGCUGCUCGCGCAAAUCGAGCUCAAUUUCUCGAGAAUUGCACUCGAGACGUCGACGGUUGACUUUGGCGGCAGCACGAGCGAAGACUACGAGAAAGAUUAUGGUUGCAAGAUAUCUAUGAACAAAGAUCUAAACCUCAAGCAGCCACUGUUUCUCGUGCCGGGGACGAAGCAGUUCAUCACACCGAUCACCAACACAACGGAUCUUUUGUUCCACCAGGGGGAACAGUUGGAACUGUUCUGUACCCGAGGCUUCGGUCAUACCGGGGACAAAUCGAUCGUCACUACGUGUGACGACGGCAACGAGUUUGUCCACAACGGUAAGAUCUACAACAUUUCGCAGCUGGUCUGCAAAGCGCCCGUUUAUCACGUGGCCAGCCGCACCGAAGAAAAGUGCUUCAACAACGCUAGACUCGUGAAAGUCGGCUUCGAACUCGACGAUCGCUUCCUCAAGCUGUACGAAGUAUGCUUCGACGAAGAAACGCUCGGAACCCACUACGUGAAACACGCCCUCUACCCGUGGAACGUCAAACAUCAAUCCUCCAAACGGCCCAGUUUCAUCCAGGGCGACUACUUCCCGGAUCUUAAAAUGUCCAAACUCUACUCGUACGACUCCCAACGGGACGCUCUCGCCAGAAUCCUCGGAUCCCCCGAGCACGCCGACACGUUCCUGAACAAAAAGAAGGACAUCUUCCUCGCCCGCGGCCACCUCGCAGCCAGGGCAGACUUCGUGUACGGAUCGCACCAACGCGCAACCUUCUGGUUCCUCAACGUGGCACCGCAGUGGCAAAAAUUCAACAGCUUCAACUGGCAGCGGGUCGAAACGGGCGUCAAAGAUCUCAUCGCCCAGCGUGGCCUCGAAGUCACGGUCUACACCGGAACGUACGGAAUCCUCGAACUGCCCGACGCCAACGGAGACAUGCAGCAAAUCUUCCUCGACUUUGAUCCAAACAACGGCGGACGCGUUCCGGUGCCCAGAGUGUUCUACAAAAUCCUACACGACGAGUGGCACGACGCGGGAAUCGCGUUGAUUGGCGUCAACAACCCGCACGCGAUGCCCGAGCAAAUCCAGCAGGAUUACGUGUUCUGUGAGGAUGUUUCCGACCAGAUCAAGUGGCUCAAGUGGAAGCCGGAGAACAUCUUGGGAGGAUAUUCGUAUGCUUGUGACGUAAACGAGUUCAACGCGGUGACGAAGCACUUGCCGCUGGGGAAGGUUGAAAAGUUGCUAGUUUAGGAUUCAAGUAAG